AUGUCUGCCGUGCACAGAGGAGGCAGCAGCCACCUGCUCUGCGGUUUGCACACCUGCAGACUGAGGCCCCUGGAGGACCCGCAGCGGCGAGAAAAAUCUGUCAUUGCUCAACCAAUAUUUGUUUUUGAAAAGAGAGAGCAAGCUUUUAAGAGACCUGCGGAAGAAACCCUGCACGAAGCAGCAGAACCUGAAUGUAAUGGCUUUUCAAGAAAGCGCAUACGGUCUUCAUCUUUUUCUUUGGAAACUACAGAUUCUGAGUCCCAAGGAGUGAAGAAAAACAAUGUUUUUAUGACACCAACUCUUGUGCAAAGGAAUGUUGGCAUGAACAGUGCAGAACAAAGUCCUUUGAAACAUUCUGAACAUGUUCUAAGACCUGCUAUUUUGCAGCCACCUCGAGCUCAAAGGCGUGAAAAAGUAAGACACAAUGCAUUGGAACACUGCAAGACUAAAGAAAAAACAAAAAAUAAGAUUUCUGAGAAGAACUCCUGUUUGCUAAAUGAAAAUUUGCCAAGUGCCGGAAUUUCAAUCCAGCUGUCUACCAACCAGAUUCUUUUGGGUGCUGCAUCAGUAGGAUGUCAACCGAAUGAAGAUAAGUAUUCUUUUAAAAGCUGCAGUUCUGACUUCGUUUUUGGAGAAAACAUGGUAGAAAGAGUUUUGGGUAUGCAAAAACUCACCCAGCCUCAACAUGAAAAUGAUUCCCAUGCCAAGGAAAAGCCAUUCAAAUACACUCUAAAAUUUCCUAUCAACUCUCCAAACUCAAGAACAGACGCUAUCAAGAAUAUAUCCCUGAUGGAAUCAGCCGCUGCUCUCUCUUCCAAAUCAUCACCAAAAUGCUUGCUGAAGAAAAUUGAUGUAAUAACAGGGGAGGAAGCAGAAUAUAAUGUGUUAAAGAUCAACUGCAAGCUUUUUGUGUUCAACAAAACCACCCCGUCCUGGACUGAAAGGGGCCGGGGAGCUCUGAGACUGAACGACACAGCUGGCAGUGACCGUGGGGCCUUCCAGUCAAGACUAAUUAUGCGCAAUCAAGGCAGCCUGAGGCUGAUUCUCAAUAGCAAACUCUGGACUCAAAUGGAGAUUCAAAGAGCGAACCACCGAAAUUUACGAGUAACAGCUACUGAUUUAGAAGACUAUAGCAUCAAAGUGUUUUUAAUUCAGGCCAGUGCCAAAGACACAGAAUCUCUGUAUGCAGCCAUACAUCACCGUCUUGUUGCUCUUCGAAGCUUCGAGAAGCAGAAAGACGUCAGUCAAGCUGAGAGCCAGGCAGAAGCAGCCCUCCCACAACUAAACUGCGACAGCUGUGAUGAGGAUGAGGAUGGCUUCACCCAAGGCACUAAAAAUAGAUCAGAUCCUUCUAGGUGGACCCACCGACAGUCAGUUGCCUGUUCAUGAGUGCCACCCACCAUAACAUAAUGACAUCUACACAAAGAUUGGUUACCAACGGAAAAUACGAAGCC